AUGCGCGGCUUGAAUUCUUUAGCAUUGUUGCUUGCUGCUUCUGCUACUUCUGUGGUGGCAAUCUUACCCCAUCAUGAAGCUCAUGCCAAAUAUGCAAAGAGAUCACUCCCCAAGCAAAUCCUUGCUAGGCAACCCGUGGUGAGGUCAAGAUCGACUUCUAAGUAUUUGACAAAUUCUACUGCUUCUUUUGCCGUCAAUGGAACCGCAUUACCCGAAGUCGACUUCGAUAUUGGUGAAUCCUAUGCCGGUACUUUACCUGUUAGCACAAAUGCUUCCGAUACAAAUCGAUUGUGGUUUUGGUUCUUUCCUACCGACAAUCCCGCUGCGGAGAAAGAGAUUACAAUCUGGUUAAACGGCGGUCCAGGUUGUUCCUCUCUCGAUGGAUUUUUCCAAGAAAAUGGUCCUCUCAGUUGGCAAUCCGGCACAUAUGCACCAAUUUUAAACCCAUAUUCAUGGACGAAUCUGACCAAUAUGAUCUGGAUCGAUCAACCUGUUAGCACCGGCUUUUCACCUGGAGACAUUCUCGUUGAUGACGAGAUUGAUGUUGGAAAUCAAUUCGCUGCAUUCUGGAAGAAUUUCAUCGAUACCUUUAGCAUGCAAGGAUAUAAAGUUUACAUUACCGGAGAAAGUUAUGCUGGUCAAUAUAUUCCAUACAUUGCCAGUAACUUUUUGGAUCGCAACGAUACCAUCUACUACAAUUUGAAGGGAAUCCAGAUUAAUGAUCCAUCGAUAAAUGAAUUUGAUACAAUGGGUUCGGCCCCCGUUACAGCUGCAGCUCUGUACUAUCAAAAUAUCCUUAACCUGAACGAUACGUAUAUCGCCAACAUUACCGCACGAGCAAAGUCAUGUGGUUAUACCGAGUUCCUCGAAUAUGCAACAGUAUUCCCUCCAGCAGGACCAAUCCCAACGGCUCCAAGUUCGGAAGAGUAUGGAUGUGAUCUUUACGAUGAUAUUUACAACGCGGCUUACUAUGUAAAUCCAUGUUUCAAUAUUUACCAUCUCACAGACUAUUGUCCAUACUUAUGGGAUGAACUCGGAUUCCCAUCACUCGGUGGAGGACCCAACAACUACUUCAAUCGUACCGACGUCAAAGAAGUUAUUCACGCUCCGGUCGAUACCGAUUACUUUGUCUGCACUGGAGGGCCCAACUUAUUCCCAAAUGGAGACAAAUCGAUCGAUUCCGCACUUGGCCCACUUCCCUCUGUCAUUGAACGCACAAACAACGUUAUCAUCGGCCAUGGUCUCCUCGAUUUCCUCCUAUUUGCUAAUGGUUCUCUAAUCACCAUUCAAAAUAUGACCUGGAAUGGACUCCAAGGAUUCCAAGAAGCACCUUCUUCAACCCAGAACUUAUACGUCCCAUACCACCAAUCUCUUGGCACCAUUCUCACUAUUGCUAACGCUGCAAUCCCCAACACCCCGCCCCAAAAUGAUGUUGCUGGGGCUGGAUUUCAGGGAACCUGGCACACGGAGAGAGGACUCACAUUCGCAACUGUCAAUUUGGCAGGUCAUGAAAUUCCUCAGUAUACUCCUGGAGUAGGAUACAGACAACUAGAGUUUUUGCUGGGUAGGAUUGCGAAUUUGAGUGUGGUGGGUGAUUACACGACGCAGACGGGAAACUUUACCGGAGUUAGUGCACCAUUGAAGAUGAGGGGUUUGGAAUAUUAA